AUGAUGUCAGCCUUCACAAUAACCACAACGCUCACGAACGGGCACGGCCAUGUGAACGGUCAGCUGGAGCCUGCACUCAAUGGAUACAGAAAGAAUGGAUUUGUCAAACAGGACAUAGUAGAGCGCACUUCGUUAAGGCAAGCGGCACCAUUCAGCACAGAACCCGAUGCGAUUGCGGAACGGGAAAGAUGUCAUUAUGGACGCAUCCCGCGCGCCGCGGCGCUCGCGGGCACGGCACACCGCAAAGUACGCGUGUACUCAGACGGCAUCUACGACAUGUUCCACCAGGGACACGCCAGGCAACUGCAGCAAGCAAAGACAGUCUUCCCUAACGUCUACCUCAUUGUUGGUGUAUGUAGCGACAGCUUGACACACAGUCGCAAGGGACGCACAGUGAUGACGGAGGACGAGAGAUACGAGGCUGUCAGACAUUGCAGAUACGUCGAUGAGGUGGUAAGGGACGCGCCGUGGGAGUACGACGAGGAAUUUCUAGAGAAACACAAGAUAGACUUCGUCGCACACGAUGACAUUCCCUACACUACGGAGGAUUGUGAAGACACUUACGCACUCAUUAAGGCUAAGGAUAUGUUUGUCGCCACACAGAGGACAGAAGGAGUAUCAACAUCGGACAUAGUAGCGAGAAUAGUACGAGAUUACGACAUCUACGUGCGACGAAAUCUGGCUCGCGGGUACUCCGCCAAGGAGCUAAACGUGGGCUUCCUCAACGAGAAGAAGUUCCGCCUACAAAACAAGAUGGAUGAUCUCAAAGAAAAAGGCAAAAAGGUGAUGACAAACAUAGGUGAAAAGCGAGUGGACAUCCUAACGAAGUGGGAGGAGAAGUCUCGGGAGCUGAUCGACGCGUUCCUGCUCCUGUUCGGGCCGGACGGGCGGCUGUCGAACAUAUGGAACGAGUCCAAGGGCCGCCUCAUGCAGGCGCUCAGCCAGCCGCCCUCGCCGCGCGGCUCCCCGCCACCUGGAGAGAACGGAGACUCACACUCCCCCGUGCACAGCAGGAGCUCAGUAUCACCGCCCCCGCCCAAGUCGCGUCGCUACGAGACUCUGUACGAGGCGCAAGCAGAUGCAUCGAGCUCUGAACGUGCUGGCGACUCGGAAGCGGCCACACAGCGGCAGCUGACGGACGACGGGUCGGACGACAGCGACGACGAGUACCAGGACACCAGCCCCUACCUCUAG